UUGUCGGUAUGGAUCACGUAUAAACAGUUAGUGCAGUGUAGAAAUACUACAAUUUGAUUUACAUGUUGAUUAAUUGUAAAAGUGAUUGUCUGGUAUUGCGGAGAAUUAUUGAAUUGUCCCGGAACAUUAUUGGCGGUGAUUUUAAGUGUGUUGAAUAUAUUUUUCUCCCUCUGCAACAGGGAUUUUCAAGAUUUUUAAAUUGCAAGACAGAAGAUAGAAUUCUAAGGCUAAAAUACUGUGGUGACAAAACUGUUGAUUCUGUUUUGGAGCUAUAAAAAAAUCUGAGGGUAGCCACACGUGUGCCACAGUUCCUGACAGGCCUUGACACACAACAGGACAAGAUUAAUUCCUCCCUGACAAAACCCAACUGCAUGCAAGAAAAAUUGGCUCAGUACAUCAUAAUUUUACUAUCUUGUCAGGUGCAUGUGUUCUAGCUAUUGGUUGUCAAAUUAGGCCAAGUUGUCUUCAAGAAUGAGGAAAAAAGAAAAUUGGAGAACUUCCUAAAUCUCACAAAGAUCUUCCACACAGCAUCAGUUCUCUAUACCGUGGAAAAAAAACAUGGAGCGCAUCAUUGUUUCAUUUUUUACUUUCGCCUCCAUUAUGGCAAGUGUUUGGACCCAGCAGAAAGCCUUCUUUGUGACAUUUCAUCUGAAGGAAGAUCUUCCCAAUAACACUUUGAUAGGGAGUCUGGAGCAGGAGAUAGGCCUAUCAGCCAAGAUCAACAUUUCCCUCCCAAACCUCAAGUUCACAUUCAAGAAAAAAGAGGAGCCCAUUAUUUCACUAUUUCGCCUUUCAAAUUCUAGUCAACUUUUUACUAACCAAGUGAUAGAUAGAGAGAAAGUCUCAGCUUGUCAGUACAAACCACAGUGUGUAUUCAACUUUGAGAUUGUUGUGACAAGUUAUGCAUCCAGUUAUUUUGGUGAAAUCAAUGUUCAAGUCAAUGUUACUGAUGUUAAUGAUCACAGUCCAAAGUUCGAUCCUAAUUUUAUUCGGCUCAGUUUACCGGAAUCCACCACUGCUAACAAGAGUGUGUACAGAGUGGAACCGGCUCAAGAUUAUGACACAGGGGGCAAUAACUCGGUGCAAUCCUACGAGCUCAACCAGAUCACACCUUCAGGUUCAGCCUCUAUGGAUUUUAGAAUGGAAGAAAUUAGGUCCAUCUCUGAAGUUUCUCGUAACAUCUUGACCAAUGUGAACUUGGAUUAUGAACGUGAACAACUUUACGUGUAUCACAUUCUUGCCAGAGAUGGUGGAAAUCCUCAAAGAACAGGCACCUUUACACUGGAAGUAAACGUGGUAGAUGAAAACGACAAUUCUCCCAUUUUUGAUAAGUCACAGGCUGCUGUGACCAUCGAAGAAUACACUGCUGUAAACACCCCUUUCUAUGUUUUCCAUGCCAGUGAUAAAGAUUCUGGUAAAAAUGGCCAAAUUGAAUUUCGUUUCAAGAAGUUUCAGGAACAGUGGCAAGAAAUUGCUACUUUGUUUUCGAUCCAUAAUGAAACUGGUACAGUUAAAGUUAUUGGAAACCUGAAAUACGAGCAUGGGAAAGUAUACCAUAUCAUUGUGGAAGCAACUGACAAGGGAGAUAUUCCCAGGUAUGCUACUGCUCAGCUGGAUGUCACAGUCAAAGAUUCCGGAAAUAAUGCUCCUAAAAUAAACAUCAACUUCCUUUCGACUGAUCAAGGAAACAACACUGUCAGCGUUUCAGAAGAUGCUUUCUUGGAGCAAGCCAUUGCCAUCGUCAUUGUGGAAGACUCCGACACUGGUCCAAAUGGAGAGGUGACUUGCAGAACCUUUAACACUUUCUUUGGUCUCCAAAGCUUGGAUGAUGGAUACAAGGUCAUCAUCCAGCAUUACUUGGAUAGAGAAACCCAAAGCUCUCAUCACAUCAAGAUCACAUGUGCUGACAAGGGCACACCAGUAUUGGAUAGCGUGUUGGAGUUUACAGUUAAUGUGUUGGAUGCCAACGAUAAUCCGCCAAAGUUUUCCCAGUUUUACUACAAUGCCAAAGUUAACGAAACCAACAACCGAGGGAAAGAGAUUAUUCAAGUACUUGCUACAGAUAAAGACAUUGGGAAAAAUGGACAGAUUUCGUAUUUCAUUGAGCCACCAACAGACAACAGAUUCUCUAUUGGACCUGAGACAGGAAUUGUUACUGCUAAUGUGGACUUUGAUAGGGAGCAAUCAGUACAUAUAACAUUCACCGUCAGAGCCACAGACCAUGGAACACCACCACAGAACACCACAGCCAACAUUUGGUUGGAUAUUGAAGAUGUUAAUGACAAUCCUCCAAAUUUCUUGAAGGCCAACUUUGUCUUCUCUGUUGAUGAAAAUUUGCCCAAUGGAUCCUUUGUUGGAGCAGUCCAAGCAGUGGACAAGGAUGAGGGCAAAAAUGGAGAAUUUGAUUUCUCAAUUUCGGGGGAUUAUUCCAACAAAUCAGUUAUUCCUUUCACUGUUUCCCCUUCAGGUGAGAUCAAGACCUACGAGUCUUUGGACAGGGAAUUUCUGAACCGCUAUGACUUUCAAGUCCUUGCUGUAGACAAAGGAGACCCUUCACUAACUGGAACUGCUCAUGUUACAAUCAACAUCAAUGAUAAAAAUGACAAUGCACCAAUAUUCAUCUUCCCAAGCACUGAUAACCACACCAUCAUCAUACCCAACACAACCCCCUUAGAGUCCAUCAUAGCUUCCAUACAGGCCUAUGAUUUGGAUGAAGAUACCAAUGGUUAUGGCAAUGGGAAGGUCAUGUUUUAUAUAGAUGGUGGCAAUGAAGGCGGAAUCUUUUAUCUGAACCACGAUACCGGAAGUCUCCACUUCAGGAAAGCAGUCAGUGUUGCUCAAGACUAUACCUUUCAUCUGAAAAUCCGGGCGCGUGAUAAUGGGCACGAGGCCCUAGAGGCCAAGCGAGAUCUGGACAUCAUCGUCAAGUACAUGAAUGCUACCGCUAGCUCUAUACCAGAUCCGAACGACUCGGACAAGAAUAUCCUGAUAGUGGUUAUUGUGGUGUGUGUGACCAUUGUCGUGUCUGUGGCUCUUAUUGCCCUCAUCUGUAUGCUGCGUCGUAAGAAUGAGGACAAGAUGAAAGACGAUGGACCCCCCUUCCUGGCCUCGGGAUCCCCAACCUCUGCCCUGUAUGACAGACCCCCAGCAUACCUGUAUCAGAACGGGACCCCUGGGGACAAAUCCAGACCAAGAGUCAGCUUCUCCAAGGAAAACGACACGUUUACCAAGCAGCAGCUGAUGGAGAAAAUGACUGGACACCCAAAUGGUAGAAAUGAGCAAGGAAAAUACACAGGCCACAACCAACAGAAUCCAAAGUCUCAUACAGAGGAGAGCCCUAGUGAAAUAUCAGGGGAGACAAUUCCAUCCGACAGUGGACACGGGGGAUCAGAGGAAGAUUUCAACAGUCACAACCACAAUAACAAUAUGGAUAAAAGAAUACCUCUACAGCCCUCGUACUUGAAAAACGGUGUCUUCAUGAUGCAAGAACCAAUCAACAACCAUUCUAACACACUGCCGAAUGAGAGGCGCUUAAAUUCCACAUCUUCCAACCUGCCAGUGUCCAAAUACAUUGAUGAUAGUUUAUUAACUUCGAGUAUCAAUUCUCUGUGGUCAGACAACCACACCGUUAAUAGACAAAACAGUUGCAAUGUGCAAAAAUUACCCACAAUUCCUGCAUGGACAGGUUAUCACCAAGGUGAUAGAAUGAACGACAGUUUGUUGUUUUAUUCCAAAGACACGACGCUGGGGAGUCACAGUGCUCAUAGCCGUGACGAUGACGAGUGUACGACAACCAGCGGAAGCUACACCAUUAAUCCCGAUGAAAUCGACGACAGUUUCGAUAACAGACCCAGGGAUAUGUUUGUGUAGUUGUUAAAAACACUGCGAAAAUUGUUAGAAAAUGUGAGAUACUAAUAAUAAUGACUUUUUAACCAAAGAUUUUGUUAAUUGGAUGAACCAAAUAUAUUUUUUUGUGAACAUUAAGUGCUAUCGACCAUAUGUGGACACUAACUGCAAGGAAAUGCUAACACAGGCAACGUGCACCCACUCCCAGGAUGCUCUGCUUGCACUGUGACUACUCGCCCAGAAAUUGGCCAAUGAAAUUCCUUUGCAACAGUUUCUUAUAUGCUUUGAUGGCAGCAUAGCAGAGCCUGGGGAGAUUUCUGCAUGGAUAAAACGAUAUCGGAAUUGGUAUCAGUGAAGAAAACCUGUUCACAUAUUAGCAUGCCAGUAUUAAAACUAACCUUUGGAUGAUUGGAGGAGAAAAGGCAUCAACGUGUGGUGUACAAUAAAUCUGUGUUCAUUAUAUCUAUAUAUGGUGGAGUGAGAAAAUAAUCCAACUAGAUACUAACUAGUAUAUAACAGAUCUCAGUUAAUUUUUGUAUCGCAAAUGUGUUUUUCUCUAUUGCAAUAUUUUAUAUCUCAGCAAUAAGUGUUGAUGAAUAUGAUUUGUUUAAUAUUGAGUUUGACUUUGUUUUAUCUCUUCUUGUUAAUGUUUGUCAUGAGAUGAACAAAGUUCAUGAAAUCCUGUUGUUUUGUGUUUUCUAUAAGGAAAACAGAUACAUGUAAAUGUAUGCAUAAUGUUGUUAAUGGCAGCCUCGGAAUGUUACUGAUAAUAUGAUCAAAAUAUAACAAAAUAAAAUUGAAAUAAAAA